AUGAACAUCUUGCGAGUUCCUGAGCACGGUGCGACUGCUUCGGGUGACAAGGCACGACCCACUUCCUGUGAGGGUUAUGUGACGAAACGAGGUCAUUUCCGAAAGUCUUGGCGUGUGCGAUUCCUUGUCGUGGAUGGAUCCAACCUGCAAGUCUCGUACUAUGAAAGUCGCGCUGCUUGUCACCCACCGAUAGGUCAACCAUCUGCACCCAAAGGGAUUUUCUACCUGUCCAGCAUUGAGCCACACGAGUAUGUCGUAGGAGUCAUGGGAGCUGCUGAUAAACCAUUCGGCUUCAAAAUGGUCGGACACGCUCCGAAGAAAGGGUACGUUGAGCUAGACGUGUUUGUAGACACCCUGGCCGAUCGCAACAAGUGGCUGGAAGUCGCUCGCAACGCUCUAGGUGCCAAGCGUCAACUAACACGCCAAGCCAUCGACCAGAGUGUGAGUCCAGGCAAGAAGAAUCUGUUCGGCUUCAGCGUCUCUUUGUCCCCACAACCAGCAAUGUCACCGCAGAAGCAGAUACAGACACUGUCCAAAAGCAAAGAUGAACUGCUCUCGCAAGCUCUACGCGAGCUAGAAGCCGCAAAGCUCGUCGGCCGAGAAGCUUGCAACGAGAUCGUCGUCCAGGGAGAGAAGCUCGACGCCAUCGAACAAGAUCUCAGCGCCAUCGACCGCGAUCUCGACUUUGGCGACAAACUGCUGCGUCGUCUUAAGAGUCCCACGCUGCAUCUCUUCUCGGACGACUCUCGGCCUAAAUCCACAGGAAGUUCAAAAGGAAGCUCACCUCAGCGCUCUCACCAGUCUGGUGGUUCCAGUCCAACCCGACUUCCACCUGCUUUGGAAAUCAGUAGCGAUGCUGGUGUCAGCGACUUGGAGCGACUAGCGCAAGCUCUUGGAGAGCUCGAGGUGCAGGCCGAGCUAUUGAAUGGCGAGGCAGGACGCAGCUCACAGCAGAUUGAACGCAUUGAGCAUCAUCUAACGAACGUCACGACCCGCGUUGAGAAGCAGACUAAACAGGCUUCCGCGACGCUGAGUGCCGGUCCAAGGCUUUUCUAA